GCAAAAUGUCCACCUCAACGAACAAUCGCCCCGCCGCCAACGCACCCACAAACGGCGCGGGCGAAAAAUCCUACUUCGAGCAACAGCGCGAGAUGCUGAUGGGCGAGGUCGCAAUGAGCCUCGACCACGUCCUCCACAACAUCAACAAGCUCAAUCGGAGCUUGGAAGAGAUUAUUGGGUGCGGAUGGCUGUAGGUUGGCAACGAGUUCCAGCCCGUCGAAGCGUUGUGGUCGCAUUUUGAGAACGUGAUGGCGAAGGAUACUGACGCUGGGGCGGAGGGGAAUGAGGAGGA